AUGGAUCAGAAACUGUCCAAGCUGGUAGAAGAGCUCACAACUUCGGGGGAACCCCAACUGAAUCCUGAGAAAAUGAAGGAACUGAAGAAAAUUUGCAAGUCUUCAGAGGAGCAGCUCAGCCAUGCCUACCACCUGCUCACGGCCCAGCUGAGCCAGGACCACGCCGAGAUCCGCCUCUCCGCAUUCCAGGCCAUAGACGAGCUCUUCGCCCGGUCCCAUCAGUUCAGGAUGCUGGUUGUUUCCAACUUUCAGGAGUUUCUGGAGCUCACACUGGGCACCGACCACGAGCAGCCCCUGCCACCUCCCAGGGAAGUGGCUCAGAGGCUGCGGCAGGCUGCCACCCGGGCCAUCCAAGGGUGGAAUGAGAAGUACGGUGCAGCCUACAAGAAGCUCGCCUUGGGCUACCACUUCUUAAGACACAGCAAACAGGUGGAUUUUCAGGACGUGAGCGCGCGGACUCUGGCAGAAAGAAAGCGGGAGGAAGAGAAGCAGAAGCGCUUGGAUAGAAUCUACAGGGAGAGGUCUGAGCAGGCCAUCAGGGACAUGGAGGAAAUGUCCGAGGACAUCCGGUGCUGCCUCACGGAGGUGGAGAGCUGCUUCAGGCUGCUGGUGCCACUGGACUUUGCCGCAGGCCUGGACGCCUCGUUGCCCACGGUGGCCUCCAGUGUGUCUGAGCAGAGUGCCCCUUGCCAGGCUGGCACUGGGAAUCACGGGGACGAGGAGCAGCCCUGCUGUAGCAAGACCCUGCUCGCCUGUGCCGGCCAUCCCGGAGCCGGCAGUGGGGAGGGGCCGCCCCGGAGGGCCACAGGGGCCGAGGAGGAGGAGGACAGUGACAGCGAUGAGGAAGGGUUUCUGCGGCGCCACGGACUGGGCUCCCACAAGUACACACUAGACGUGGAGCUCUCCUCAGACAAUCUGAGGGUGCGUGAGGACGAAGACAAUCACGCUGUCAUCCACUCCGCCCGGGACGCGCUCAAGCUUAUCCAAAACACCUUCCUGCCAGCUGUGUGCUCCUGGGUCCAGAUAUUCACCCGCGCAGGGAUCCACGGUGGGCACCUGGAAGCUGCCAUCGACCUGAAGACAGAACUGGAAAGGGCCCUGAGGCGAUUGGGAGAGCUGGACAUCCAGCCUGAGGAAGGGCGCUGGAGGGAGACUGAGUCUUGGGGGGAGGUUGCUGAGGAUGAGGAUGGUGGGGACUUCGUCGAGGUCCCAGAGAAGGAAGGGUAUGAGGCCUGCAUCCCCGACCACCUGCGGCUGGAGUGUGGCCGGAGCCCAGCAGAAGCCUGGCCGCACCCGAGGCUGCCUGUGCUCCAGGCUGGGACAGUGGGCGGUGGGGGCAGUACUGCCAGGGAACAGCCCACUCAGUGUGGUCACUUCUCCAAGUUUCUGCAACGGAGGAGUCUGGUGAUGGGCAGCCCCUGCCUGAGCGCCUCCUGCGGCCGGCAGUGCGCCCAGCAGAGGUCCGGCUUUGAGGCGCUGGGCCUGCCUCUGGGGCCUGGGAGCCCCAUGCUGACCCUAGCUAGUCCUCUCUCCGAGGCUUUCCAGCUGCAGACACUUGCCCUGGCCCUCAGCAUGUCCUGCUCGGAGGGCAUUGAGCCCUUUCCGCAGGAGGGAGAGCUUGUCUCUGGCCUGGGGCCGUGCUUGGUAGCCAGUUCUGAUGACCGCGGUGAGCACAGCUGCCUGCAGUCCGUGGAGCACUUCGUCUGUGCCACGUCCACUCUGCCACGCAGGCCGUGGCCCUUAGCAGGGACGGUUCACAGCAUCCUGUCUGUACCCUGGAAGGUCAUGCUAGUGGCCGACAUGGAUCUGCACCAGGUGCUGUCCAUCUGUGUUUGCAGACAGGUGGACUGCGGAGGGUCCCAAGGGUCGGGAGGGCCCGUGACCCAGGGUCGACUGCAUGGCCGAGACAGCCAUGCCCCUGGGAUGGUCUCCGGAUACUUCACCUUCACCGUCACUGUUAAAAAUGCUGGUAUUGGUAGGAUGCUUGUCUUUCAAGGUAUCCGCCUUUUCUCUUUGGAAGCUUUUUGGAUCUUUCUCUUCAUCUUCAACGUCUCUAAAUCUCCUCGGCUGGAGAAAGACCCGGCUGCACGGGGCUUGCAGGCAAGGAAGAUGGCGAGGAGGGAUGAGGAGGCACGUGACCCCACCUCUGCUGCUGCCCAGCUGCAUCAGCUGCGUGGACGCUUGCCCCCUCCCCCGAGCCCCAGGUGACUUCCAGACACCCUGCCUCUGCCCAGGGAGGCUGGGAAGCUGGCAGCAGAGUGGGCCCGGGCGCCUGUUGUGCCCUUUGGGGUGGACCUGUGCUACUGGGGCCAGGAGCAGCCGAUGGCUGGAAAGAUCCUCAAGUGUGACUCUGAGCACCGCUUCUGGAAGCCCAGUGAGGUGGACACGGAAGUGCUCAGCACCACCGUCUCAGAGAUGCUGCAGAACCGCUACAUCACCUUUGCGGGGAAGUUCGAGCCCGUGCAACACCGGUGCCGCGCCCCGAGGCCUGAUGGCCGGCUCUGCGAGCGUCAGGACCGGCUGAAGUGCCCUUUCCAUGGGAAGAUCAUCCCCAGAGAUGAGGCGGGCCGGCCCCUCCACCCGGAGGAUAGGGCCUGGGAACAGAGGCAGCAGCUGCAGAGACAGGCAGGGCAUGCAGGUUGGCAGGACCCCGAGUUUAUGAGAGAUGUGGAGGCUGCCACGGGAGUGGACCUUGGCUCAUCUAGGUCCAGCGGGAGAGGCAAGGGCAAGAGGAGGAAGCACCCUGGCCUCACCGACCUGAAGCAGCAGGCCAACACCGCCCGCGCACGCAUCGCCAAGAAGGUGUUUGCUAAGGCCGCUGUGCAGAGGGUGGUCACAGCCAUGAAUCAGAUGGACCGGAAGAAGCAUGAGAAGUUUGCAAACCAGUUUAACUAUGCACUGACUUAGAGGGCCAGACUGGGUCUGUGUGGUCCCCUCUGGUUGUCUCCUCUUCUCCCUCGGCCAGGGCACCAGGAUCGGAGCGCAGACACAGGACUGGGCUGUAACCAC